AUCACGCCUCCCACGUUCCCUUGGUUGGUAAAAACGUGGAGGACCUCCUCACCUCACAGCCUGUCGUGGAUCUGUGACCAAAAUAAUUUCUAGCUACACAAAGGUCCACUGACAUACUUUAACUUGGCAACUUGACAAGAAUGGAGUACAUGCAAGCUCCUGCCACAAGCAGCCAGGGGAAUAUCCUGUGUUGCACUUGUGGCGUCCCUAUUCCUCCCAACCCAGCCAACAUGUGUGUAGCCUGCCUGCGUACUCAGGUAGACAUCUCAGAGGGAAUCCCCAAGCAAGUCACUGUGCACUUCUGCAAGCAGUGUGAAAGGUACUUGCAGCCUCCAACCACCUGGGUGCAGUGUGCCCUGGAGUCCAGGGAGCUGCUGGCACUGUGCCUGAAGAAAAUCAAGAGCUCUAUGACCAAAGUUCGUCUUAUUGAUGCUGGUUUCCUGUGGACAGAGCCACACUCCAAAAGGAUUAAGAUGAAACUGACUAUACAGAAAGAGGUGAUGAAUGGCGCUAUCCUCCAGCAGGUGUUCGUGGUCGAGUUUGUCAUCCAGUCCCAGAUGUGUGACGACUGCCAUCGUGUGGAAGCCAAGGACUUUUGGAAGGCCGUGGUGCAAGUUCGACAGAAGACUGUUCAUAAAAAGACAUUCUACUAUCUAGAGCAGCUGAUCCUCAAGCAUAAACUUCACCAGAAUGCCCUCAACAUCAAAGAAAUCCAUGAGGGGAUUGAUUUCUACUAUGCCUCUAAGCAACACGCUCAGAAGAUGGUCGACUUCCUCCAAUGCACCGUGCCCUGCAGGUCAAAGACUUCCCAGCGUCUCAUCUCUCACGACAUCCAUUCAAACACGUACAACUAUAAGAGCACCUUCUCUAUGGAGAUUGUACCUGUCUGCAAGGACAAUGUUGUGUGUCUUUCACCACGUCUGGCGCAGAGCCUCGGGAACAUGGGUCAAGUGUGUGUGUGCGUCCGUGUCACCAGCACCAUCCACCUCAUCGAUCCAAACACCCUGCAGAUUGCUGAGGUGGAUGGGAACACAUACUGGCGUAACCCCUUCAACAGUCUCUGUAACCCACGGCAACUGGAGGAGUUCAUUGUCAUGGACACUGACAUCAUCAGAGACCAGAAGCUGGGUGCCGGAGCAGGCUUGAGGUCCAAUAAGCACACCCUGGCUGAGGUGUGGGUUCAGAAAACAUCAGAGAUGGAUACCAGUCAGCAAUAUCACUGCCGUACAUUCCUGGGCCAUCUGCUCAACAUUGGAGACCUUGUGCAGGGGUUUGACUUUGCCAAUUCCAACAUCAAUGAUGAAUACCUGAAUAAGAUGAACCCUCAUCAUGUUCCUGAUGUGGUGCUGAUCAAGAAGAGCUACGACCGCAGCAGGAGGGUGAAGCGCAGGAACUGGAAACUACAGGAGAUGUCCAGAGACCGUGAUGGCAUGGACACAGAUGAUGAGAGACAAUACCAGGACUUCCUGGAGGACCUGGAGGAGGAUGAGAAUCUGAGGAAGAAUGUCAACAUCUACAGAGAUGCAUCAAAAAUCCCAGUGGAGAGUGACACUGAUGAUGAUGGAGCACCGCGUAUCUCCCUGAUGGAGAUGCUGGAGGAGCUCAGCCUAUCAGAUGCCACAGGAGGAGAGGGUGCCGACAUGAUGACAGACUAACCAGUCGCCAUCCUGCCUGUGUGACACUGACAGCUGAUCUGUCAAAACACAGGUCCGCUGAUGAUACAGUGAUACAAUUAGAGCAGAUUGAGGACUGAUAACACCAGUGAUAGAUGAUAUUUCAAAAUCCAUAGUUCUUCUGACUGUGGUGUAAUGACUCAUUACAGUUAAAAUCCAUAAACAUACGGAUUAUAUUGGUGCCACUUAGUAACAAAUACGUUUCCUCAGAGAAACUGGACUUUGAGUUGUUUCAACUGAUCAUUUACUGGGCCUGCAAAAUUAACAUUUUCAGUUUCUUCUACAGUACUCUUUUCCCCUUUGUCAUGUAGAAUUUUUGAAGUGAUGUGGAAAUAGAGUGCUUAUAAUCCACUAUAUCAAAAUAAAUACUUGCCCUUAUAGAUAUUUUCUGCUCGGGGAUGAAAAAGACAUUUGUUGUCAAGUGCUUUGCUGUUGCCAUCCACCAGAGGGUGCUUUGGGCCACUAAGAAAAGGGAAGUAAGGCCUUCAAAUAGCCACACUUGCAGUGAGCUGAUCCAAACCUGUUAAUGGUGUAAUUUGGAUACCAUGGGUAAUAUUCAAAUAUUCACCCACCACCACCACCUGUUCAGAGAGUGCUGUCUGUACUUAGAUAUGGGCUGAGGCUGAUCUUGUGUGAGCCUUAAAAACCCCUUAGGAGCACUUUAAAAUGACUUAAAAGAGUUAAUAUCAAAAGUUUUUGAUGAUCUCUGGUGAUUUUGGGAAUGUAAAACCACAACAUUUGCUCACACACAGCCUUCCUUACAGCAUUAAUCCAAACCAUAAUUUAACUUAGUUUAAGAUUUAUGUGUGUCAGCAGUUUUGUUGCAUGGCUGUGCAGACUUGCUGAUAUGAAGCUUUAUGUAAUCUAAGACACCAUAGGAAUGUUUGCAUCACAGAGUGAAUCAGUCUUUGUGACAUGUCUCACAUUCUAACUUGAAGAGGGAGGAGGAGGCGACGGCGGCUGUCUUGUUUUUCACAGACCUGAGCUGGUUUUUAACGGUAAUCAGAUCUACUUGGGAAAGUGAAUGAAGUGAAUCCCCUCAGGGUGUUUGUGUGUGUGUGUGGGUGGGGGCAACAACAAUGUGGAGUAGGGGUUCUGCUUUUUUUUUUCUGAUUUUCUGUUGACCUAAUUUUCCUCACCAUUUUUGCUUGUGCACAAACUGAGCCCAUGUGACCCAAAUACUUUCCCUCCAGACCCCUUUACCUGUGAUUUCUGGUAUUACAGACUGACUUACCAGAUAUCAUAGGACCAUUGUCAUGUUGUGAUUUUGCCUCGAGUGCUAAGGGAUAAAGAGGCUGUUAUUCUGAUUUGAAUAGUAAUUUCCAAAGUACCUGCAGCGGAGCAGGUUGGGACAGUUCAUGUAAAGAUCGCAGUGGGUAACCUCUGUCACAAAUCUUUUACAAAGUGCUGUUCAGUAUGUGCACGGUGAGGAUGUGUUCACUGCUAUACUGUGUCUGACAUUUCAUACCAGUCCUCAUCCUUGUGACGCUAACAAACUCGUAGAGUGUAUCGAUGCAUAACUGGUGCGCCACGGCGGCACUGCCCGUGUUUACACAUCAAUAAUGCAUAAAGUUAAGUGUAAGAAUACAGCAGGUCAGCAAACCCUGGGAAGAGGAGAUAAGGUUUCCUAACUGUAUGUCUGUCUGAUUGCUCCAAAACAAAGAGGCACCUUCUCAGCUUAUACUUAAAUUUCUUUUCCAUGGGUGUUUGGGUUGUGUGUUUUUUCUCUUGGUUGUCCUUUUUU